CUUGCUGGCAGCCGUGAGUCCUUAUUUCCGGGACGUCUUCGUCCAAGGUGGGAAAGACCUGGAAGGGUCAGAGGUCCAGCUGGAGAACGUGUCUCCGUCCCUCAUGCAGAACAUCCUGAAAUACAUCUACACGGAAGAACUCGCACUCACUCCCGAGCUGGCUCCGUCACUCUUCACCGGAGCCAGCCAGCUGCAGAUCAUCCCCUUGGAAACCGUCUGCUGCAGGUUCCUGGUGGCCCAUCUCUCCAUCCAGAACUGCUUUGAGAUGUAUUCCUUAGCUCAGCUGCACCACAGCCAGCCUCUCCUCCACGCUGUUCUCCAGCUCCUGAUCAGGAAUUUUGAGUGGACGUUCGAAGGGGACAAUUUCCUCCGACUGGACUCCAGCGAUCUCGCCACUGUCAUCGCCUCCGAUGACCUCAACGUGGCUUCCGAGCUCAAGGUCUACCAGGCGAUACGGCGGUGGGUUCAGGGUGAGCCCAGCAAGCGCAGCCCCUUCCUUGGACAGCUUCUGAACCACGUCCGUUUCCCCCUCUUCGGUCCCGAGGAACAAGACGUACUCCAGGAAGAUCUGGAGAGAUGGAACGACCUCGAACUCGAACGGAAAGUCAUGGAUGGCCCCGAACGGUUAGAAGAAAGCCGCGGGCUGCGCCAAGGCAUGUACAAGCCGCACAUUUUCUGCAUCGACACUCAGAUGUGCGAGUAUCAACAGCUGGAGAGCGAAGAGGGCCAUGUGAGCUGCUACGAGCCACAGGCCGAAGUCUGGGAGAAACUUCCCGGCUUACAAUCGUUAACCCACGCUUGCUGUACCUCCAACGGAGACAAGGUCUACGUCUCAGGAGGCGUCUACAAGAACGCGUACUCCAACACCGUCUACGAAUUCAACGCCUUUACCAAUCAGUGGCUGCAGCUCCGGGCCAUGACUGUGCCCCGCGCGGCCCACGGCUUCGUGUUCGACCAUCAAAAACUCUACGCCAUGGGAGGCUGGCGCAGAUUCCAGACUUUCCUAAAUCUGGCUGAGACCCUUGACCUCGACACGGGGAUCUGGACUCCGAUGGCCAAGUUGCCCUUUGCCCUGAGCCACCCAGCUUCCAGCGUGUUGCGGGAGAAAGUGUAUCUCCUCGGAGGCGCCACCGGGGUCUCCAACCACUGGCUCUUCCACAAGGGAGUCUUGAUCUACGGGAUUGCUUCCAACACGUGGACACAAGUCCCGCUGGCGACGGGCUUCUUCGCCGCGGGCGCCGUGGCUGACAAGAACGGCAUCUACGUCAUUGGGGGUUACACCGAGAAGAAGAACGAGGAUUGGCAGGAGAGGGCCCUGGUGCCCGAGAACCGCCACAGCACCCGAAAAUGCUUCUUCAUCAGUGAGUCUGGCAAGGUGAAUUGCAACGUGACCGUUCCCAAGCUGCGACGAGGUUUGGCCAACGCAGCGGUGGUUUACUGCGGCAAGCGGAUCUACGUGUUGGGCGGAGAAGAUCUGUCCCAGAGAUACAAAGCGAUCUACCACUGGCAGCCGGGAGAGUCCCGCUGGCACCGGGCCAGUGCCGAAAUCCCCGUGCCGCGAGAAGGCAUCAGCAGAUUUGGUUGCGCGACUCUGUUGAGGCCCAAGCCUCAUAUUCUCCAACUCUUCCAAGUGACUUCGGUGGUUAUUGUGUCGGCCGUCACCAAAUCAUAGUUCCUUCCCACCAACCUGUUCAUGCGUGAAUAUCAGGCCGGGAUUAUCAAUAAACUCCACUAUAAUGAGGUACAAUCGCCACUGGCUUCUGUGGGCCUUUGCCUUGGUAGCCUAUCAAGGUUACUACAAAGACCAUGGACCACAGAACUAUUCAGCUUUCCCAUAGAUCGACUUUCAGAUGUCUCCAAAGCGCCCAAUCCCAGCAGGUUCGCAAUAUCCCACCCCGAAGAUGUUGAUGUUCUCACCUGACAUCUUUGAAGACCUCAACUUACUUAACAUAAUUUGGGGACCUAAGAUGUUAAGUCGCUGUUUUUCAUUCCUUUCUUUUCAAUAAAUUUGAGUGGCAAUGAAA